AUGGAGCCGCACUGCGUCGUCGGCCGGCAGUGGCUGGAGCCGCUGCUGCAGCGGCUCUCGGAGUCCCCUCCCGGCACUGUGCUCAUGCCGACCCUGGACAUCAUCCCUGAGAGCGACUUCGGUGCGUACCACAUCGCCCAGCAGUUCAUUGGAGGCUUCGACUGGACGCUGAAGUUCAACUGGAUGGGCCGCCCCGGCGCACGGAACGCGUCGUACCAGCACCCGGACCCGUACCCCACGCCGGUCCUCUCGGGCGGCAUCUUCGCCAUCUGGCGCGAGCACUGGGAGCGGGCGGGCACCUACGACGAGGGUAUGAACGAGUGGGGCGGGGAGCACAUCGAGAUGUCCCUGCGCACCUGGCGGUGCGGGGGGCGCAUCGAGAUCGUGCCCUGCUCUCGCAUCGGCCACCUGUUCCGGUCCAGGAACCCGUACAGCGUGGACGUGGCCGAGGUGUUGCGCAACGAGAAGAGAGCCGCCCUGGUGUGGCUGGACGAGCACUUGGAGCGGUUCUACGCUGCGGCGCCGCCGGCCCGCGGGCUGGACGCCGGGAGCGUGGAGGAGCGGCUGCGUCUGAGAGCCGCGCUCGGGUGCAGGAGCAUGGGGUGGUACACGGAGCACGUGUACCCCGAGCUGCUCGGCGAGCAGCGCGCCGCGGGCAGCCCGGAGCCCUGGACCCCUGCGGGCGCCCUGGCGCUCGCGCUGGGGGCGCUCACGGGGCUGCUGUGGCUCCGGCCCCUUGCCGCGAAGCUCCAGCGCGUGCUCGGCAAGCCGCGGUCUGAGCGGGACUGA